GGGAGUGAAAUGAAAAGAAUCGGAACCCCCUCCUUGCGGUCCAACCACUUGCUCCCUGCUUGAUUGAUAUUCCCUUCGUUUUCCCUUAGUUUCUUCCCCCCGCCACCCCGUUGCCUGUUCUUCCCCCGCACGUCACCUCAACUUUUCUCCUCUUCCUCGAGCUUUGCUGAGCUUGCUGCACCCUCCCACCCCCCGGAUGCGCUUGUCCCUCGUGUUCAGCGCCAGUUAAAGAAUUACUCCUACCUUCUCCUACCUCUCCUACAGCUCCCGUCUUUCUCUCUCUAUUCUUCCUUGCUUUCUCUUCUUUCGUUAAGCUAUUCAUAACCCUCCCAGCGCUACAGUGCCUCUGAGCGCUCUCAAAGCAAGCAUGGCCAGUGAAGAUAAUGGCCAAGAGCCCAUAAAGCGCGAUGUUCGCAAUCACAUUCUAUUCGAGGUAGCGACGGAAGUGGCCAACCGAGUGGGAGGUAUCUACUCGGUGCUCAAGUCUAAAGCUCCCGUGACCACCGCAGAGUAUGGCGACCGCUACACCCUGAUCGGUCCUCUCAAUCGUGCUUCGGCAGCUGUGGAGGUCGAGGAGUUAACUCCGUCGAAUCCUCGCAUGAUCGAGACCAUCCAGUCCAUGAAGGAGCGGGGGAUCGAGAUGGUCUACGGUCGCUGGCUGAUUGAGGGUGCUCCGCGCGUGCUUCUUAUCGAUACAGGCACUGGGUACAAAUAUCUGGACGAGUGGAAAGGUGAUCUUUGGAAUGCAGCUGGUAUUCCGUCCCCUUCCGCCGAUACCGAGACCAACGAAGCCAUUGUUUUCGGCUACCUGGUGGCAUGGUUCUUGGGAGAGUUUAUCGCUCAUGAACGUCGCCGUGCAGUGGUUGCUCAUUUUCACGAAUGGCUUGCGGGUGUCGCCUUGCCGCUGACCAAGAAGCGGCAUAUGGACCUGACAACAAUAUUCACCACCCACGCGACCUUGCUCGGUCGGUAUCUAUGCGCCGGGUCUGUGGACUUCUACAACAACCUCCAGUACUUCGAUGUGGACGCGGAAGCUGGCAAACGAGGGAUCUACCACCGCUACUGCAUUGAGCGAGCUGCCGCACACACAGCUGAUGUCUUCACGACUGUGUCGCAUAUCACGGCCUUUGAGAGUGAGCAUCUUCUUAAACGGAAGCCUGAUGGCGUGCUGCCCAACGGACUGAACGUGAAGAAGUUCUCGGCUGUCCAUGAAUUUCAGAACCUACAUUCGCAAUCCAAGGAGAAGAUCAAUGAUUUCGUGCGGGGACAUUUCUAUGGCCACAACAACUUUGACUUGGACAAUACCCUCUACGUAUUUACUGCCGGACGCUAUGAGUUCCGAAACAAAGGAGUGGAUAUGUUCAUCGAGGGCUUGGCGCGAUUGAAUCACCGUCUGAAAGAGGCCGGCUCAAAGAUGACCGUCGUCGCGUUUAUUAUCAUGCCUGCUCAGACGUCAUCCCUGACCGUUGAAGCGCUCAAGGGCCAAGCUGUUGUGAAGUCUCUGAAGGACACAAUCGAGAUGAUCGAAAAGGGCAUUGGGAGACGAAUGUACGAGCGGUGUCUAGCAUGGAAGGAAGGCGACAACAUGCCGGACGAGAAAGACCUGAUGGCUAGCCAAGAUCGUGUGCUACUGCGCCGCAGACUCUUCGCCAUGAAGCGACACUCCCUGCCUCCGAUUGUCACGCAUAACAUGUACAAUGAUCACGAAGAUCCCAUUCUGAACCAGAUCCGACGUGUGCAACUUUUCAACCAUGACUCUGACCGGGUCAAGGUUGUCUUCCACCCGGAGUUCCUGAACUCAUCUAACCCCGUGCUACCCUUGGACUAUGACGACUUUGUUCGGGGUACCCAUCUUGGGGUCUUCCCCUCGUACUACGAGCCUUGGGGAUACACGCCGGCUGAGUGUACCGUGAUGGGUGUCCCGAGUAUUACCACAAACCUGUCUGGAUUCGGUUGCUACAUGGAGGAGUUGAUCGAGAACUCGUCCGAUUACGGCAUCUAUAUUGUGGACCGUCGCAUGAAAGGCGUUGAUGACUCCGUUAAUCAGUUGACGGAAUUCAUGUUCAACUUCACCCAGAAGAGUCGGCGCCAACGGAUCAACCAGCGGAACCGGACAGAGCGUCUGAGUGACCUCUUGGACUGGAAGCGCAUGGGUCUGGAGUAUGUCAAGGCUCGGCAGUUGGCACUCCGUCGAGCCUAUCCUUCGUCAUUCGGCACGCCCGAUGAUGUCUACGAUGUAAUCGGUGGCACGGAGCAGAAGAUAUCGCGACCCUUAUCCGUACCUGGCUCCCCGAGAGAUCGUUCUGGUAUGAUGACUCCCGGGGACUUUGCCUCCCUGCAGGAGGUGAAAGAAGGCUUGAGUACGGAGGACUAUGUCGCAUGGCGACUGCCGUAAGUCCACCAUCCCAGCUCCCCGGUGUAGCAAUGACACAAGGAGCAUCGAUGCUGACAACCACUUUUAUCUAGUA